UUGUGUCUGUGUAUAGGAUGUUUAUAAAUUAAUUACAAAAUAAAAACAGAUCUUCAGAAAUAUUCUUUGAAUACUUGAAACAUAGGCUGCACAGAGAAUUAGUACAGUAGAGCCCUGCUUUUCGGCGUUCCACUAAUAUGGUAGUUUUCAAUUACAGUAGGGCCCCACUCAUAUGGUGCUUGUUCCACUUUUUCGGGCAUCGGGCGCCAUUUUAUUGUCGGUGUUCCACUUUUCAGUGAUUUUCGCUUUUCAGUGGGGGUCUGGAACCUAACCUGCCGUAUGAGUGGGGCCCUACUGUAUCUGCAAAGGCAUUGACCUGCUUUGUGUGAUACGGCAAAUUCAGGCUACUCUGAACCAGAAAGUGAAUCAUUUGAGCAAGUGGAAAUACAUCAGUCCUCACCAUCUUCCUAGAGUUUGGCGGAUUUGUGAACUGGAUCGUUUUCUCCAGGUAGCAUGCCAUCAUAUGGGUAGUAGCGCCACCUGGUGUCCAAAAGCAGGAAUGCACAAGAGUCAAGACUUCGGCUGCUCCUUCCAGUUUAACUCCAGUCCAUUCCUACCUUUGUCCUAGGUUGGCUCCUUCUGCCUCAGCUCUUGUGAGUUGGUUCCUUUAUUGUGUUCUCUAUUACUGUGUUCCUCUAUUUUGUUGUGUAUACUGUUCUCUCCCUUAAUUGCUUGUUAUUAAAAAAAAAUGUCGUGUUAAUACAGCUGGCCUUCUUUCUCAGGCUUGGUCAGCAGCCUUGCAGCUACUGGGGAUUCUCUUCUCUUAGCAUCUCCCUCAUUCUCCCCUCAAGUCAUCUGGAAGCUGUGUCCCCCCACACCACCCAGUUGCGGCUUCUUUUUCCUCCUACUGCCCAAUUGUGUCUGCGGCCACGGAUUGCCCCUUUGGCUGCUGAGGCUAGCGGGGGUGAAUCUCCCUGUCAGUUGCUGCCGCCUCAGCUGCGGCUUCAGUCACAGCCUCACAAUCUCUUUUCACAACUACUAUUUUGUCUCCUUUUCUCUAUUAGGCUUUCCGCCCUUUUCUGCCUCCCCCCCUUUCUACAGGCUCCAGUCUGUUCCUCCUGUCUGUGCCUUCUUCCUUUCCUCUUUAGACAAGGCUGAAGUCAUGGCAGUAAUUUUUUUUAUAUAUAAAAAAAGAAUUUUCUCUCUUGGCUGCGUUUAGAGAUCUAACUUCUCCCCUCCACUGUAUGGGGUGAUUUUUGCCCUUGGCUGCAUUUCUUGGCUGCAUUUUGAGGUCAAACCACUCUCCUCUAUUGUGUGCGGUUAUUUUGGGCCUCGCUAAUCCACCGCACCCCUCUUACCUGUGCAUGUGUUGAUUAAUCAGGCAUCUAUUCAUAUAAUGCCUGGUACCACUCCCCUCUACUGUGUGCAUGUAACCAUGACUGGGCCAUCCUGUGCUGUUUUUAUGGAUAUCGCUGUUGAUGCACAGCACAGUGAUAUGCAGCAGCAGCCAUCUCAGGGGCCAUCAGUUCCAUCUAUCUCACAGACCGCAUCAGAAGGAAUUCCACCAGGAAGAAUGUUGAAAUGUAAUUUGGGCUUCACCUUGUGUGCUCAGUUCUUCCUGUGUGUAAUACCUUGGUACCUCAGGCCCUAAGGUAAGCAAGGCAGCCAAACUUGGGCCUUCCAAGUAUUCCUCAGAAAUUGCACCAGAACAGCAACAUUUUGUAUGGACGUUGCUUGUGGUUGAGAGAAAUUGGCAGCCCUUUAUUAUUCUAUGCUGCAGUUUUGGUCCUAAUCUGUCCAGGGACUGGAAAGAGCUUAACUUUUCCAUUCAGAACCCUGGGGAAAGGGCCUAGCCUUGCUACUCAGAAUCCUUGGGAACAGAUUUGGCUUAGGCCUCUGUUGAAGAGGUUUCCCACCAUUUUUAUGGUACCUAUUUCCACUUGAUCCUAGUCUGUCCAGUGACUGUGGAAAGGGCUUAGGUUUUCCAUUCAGAACCCUUGGGCAGAGAUAUGGUAUAGUCCUCUGCUGGGGAAUUUCCCCACCCUUUUUAUGGUACCUCUAUUCUCACAUGGUCUCAGUCUGUGUAGUGACUGUGGAAAGGGCCUAGCUUUACCCUUCAGAACUAUUGGGCAGAGAUAUGGUAUAGUCCUCAACUGAGAAGUAUUUCCACCUUUUUUUAUUGGAGGCACUAGAACAGCAAGUUCAAUAUUUCUAAGAGACCCGAUUCCCUUUAUCCUUAGGCCUGAACAGCAGCAGGCCGUUUCCAGGGGCACCAGUAGAAUAAUGUAGCUCCUUUAAGGGGCCUCAGUGUAGUGAUUGCCUCAUGAGCUUCAGCUCAAAGCUCCAGUUCUCCCAAGGCCUGAACAGCAGCAGGCCAUUUCUAGAGGCAACAGUAGAAUAACCUGGUGGCUCUUCCAGGAGACCUCAGUGUAGUGAAGGCAUAUGAACUGCUUCCUGAGCCUCAGCUCAAAGCUCCAGUUCUCCCAAGGUCUGAACAGCAGCAGGCCAUUUACGGAGACAGUAGUAGAAUAAUGUGGUAGCUCCUCUAAGGGGCUUCAGUGUAAUGAAGGUAUACAAAUUGCCUCAUGAGCUUCAGCUCAAAGCUGCAGUCUGUUCCUCUGAACAGAUGCAGCCCUUCAUAACUGUCUGUGUAAAUUUUUGCAGCCCUUCAUAACUUAGUGGUUCCCAUAAGGGGACCUCAGUGUAGUGAAGGUAUAUGAAUUGCCUCAUGAGCUUCAUCUCAAAGCUUCAGUCUCUUCCUCUGAAUAGAUGCAGCCCUUCAUAACUGUCGGUGUAAAUUUUUGGAUUUAUCCAGUGACUUCCUUAGAGAGGAGGAUCUUACUGUCAUUCUUGUGGGAAAACGUAAAUAAGCAAGAUAAGUAAAUUAAGCUGAAUACAGCUUUGUCAAUUACUCAAGGUUUUCUGCCUUAUCUGUUUCUGGGGCGUCAAUGCAAAGCUCCAGCUUGCUUCUCUGAAAAGCUGCAGUCCUUCAUAAUAGUCUGAGUAAAUAUUUGGAUUUAUCCAGAGACUUCCUUGGAAGCUUAAAGGGUCUGCUGGUCACCCUCCCGUGUAAGCUUAAUUUAGCAGGAUAUCGUAAAUUAAGCUAGUUCCUCAAUUAAGUCUUGUCCUUCACUAGCAGGUUCCUGGGUGACUUAAGACAGUUUAAAAUUCCAUUUAGCCUUUGGUAAGGCUUACUUUGCUGUUUCAAUUUGUGAUACUAGACUCAGGGUUACUCACAUUGGCAUAUAUGUGCUGAGGUGCAGUUCACCUGGAAGGUACUUGGUUGUUCAGUCAGCUCCUGACCUUCAUAUGAAGAUCUCUGAGCUACUUACAACAGUUUAAAAUUCCAUAUUAAAUUUAUCAAAACGAUUUAGCCCUUGGUCAGGCUUACUUCACUGUUAAAUUUGUGUAGUGUGGCUCAAGGUUACACACAUUGGCAUAUUCAGCUUCCCUACCUGCAAAUAGGCAUUUCAGUGGAUUAAAAAAAAAUAUUGAUUUUCCUUGGAUGCCAGUCCAUCACGUGGGUAGUAGUCUGUCGUCUGGCCCAAGGACAGGAAAUGUGCUGACAUUUGCAGUCUGAGGGGGUGUCACUGGCCUGCAGACCCCAGUUCAUUUCCUGUCUUGGUCCAAGGCAGACGCAUCAGAACUACUCUCCACGUGAGUUCUUACCUAGGGGUUAAAUUCCCUUUUAUUUAAGGGCAAUGGGGAUGGAGAUUCUUCCCCCCUUGUUCUUUUCUGGCCCCCUUUUUAGCCUUUUUUAGGCCCUUUAAGCCUUAAGGGUUUUUUCUUUUUUAUAAGUUAUUUAAAGUUUUUGGUGCAAAUGGGUGCCAUUUUGUCGGGCUCCGCUGUGGCAGCGUGUGUGGGAAACUGACCCAGCUCGGCUGCCUCGCUUUUCUGCGGCCCUACCGGCGCAGAGCAGUGGCAGCCCCCUCUCUCCUGCAGCGGUGCUUCCUGCUACGGCUGCAGCUGCUGUUGGGCAGCCGCCGGCAGGCGAGAUCCGCUCUUUGCUGCAGCCAUCGACUGGGACCCAACGGCCGGGGGAUCCACGCAGGUCACGACUUCCCUUCUGCGGCUUCGGCCACCCAGUAGCAACCCAACGAUCAGCUGGCCAGUGGGUCCUUCGCACCCCGCCAGCACUAGGCAGCCCAGCGGGGCCAGCCCAGCCGCACGGAGUGUGCAGCCGGACAGCAGGUCCUGCAUGACGGCACGCAGCCUGCUCUGCCCCCCGGUCCUCCAGCAGGCAGCCCCUUGAUGGGACUGCUGCUUCCGCCCCCCCAGCCUUUAGCUGGCUGGCGGACCGCCGCAACCGCUUCCCAUGUGGUGAAUAGGGAAGGAAUAGGUUGCUCAGCCUGCUGCGCCCCCUCCUGGUCAAAAAUAAUAAUAAUUAAAAAAAAUUAAAAGUAAGCAAAGAUAAUUAUGAAAAGAAAUGUGAAUAAGCUAAUAGGAUGAAAUAGGAAUUCAAGUCAAGUUUUUUGUAUAAUGUAGCUCCACCUCAUAGCAAUCACGGUAGUGAGCAGAGCAGAUCUUGUUUAUACCUUGGAAUCCUAAGCCUCCACAAGCCUUUGACCAACAGUCAGUUUUUUAUGCUACCACCCCAUACCAAUCGUCGUACUGGGCAGAGUAGGCCUGGACUGGCGCUCAGCCGUUACGCUACCACCCCAUACCAAUCACAGUACUGGGCACAGCAAGCCAUUGCCAGCGUUCAGACAUUAUAUGCUACCACCCCAUACCAAUCGCGGUACUGGGCAGAGCAAGCCUUGGCCGGCACUCAGACAUCAUGCUAACACCCCAUACCAUUUGCGGUACUGGGCAGAGCAAGCCUUGGCUGGCACUCAGACGUUAUGCUACCACCCCAUACCAAUCACAGUACUGGGCAGAGCAAACCUUUGGGGCACUCAAAUGUAAUGCUGCCACCCCUUACCAACUGCGGUACUGGGAAGAGCAGAAAGGGACUCACCACAGUGGUCAGCGAGUCCAAGAGACCCUCUAGUCAGCCCUCCAGCAGGGCUAGAUAUAUGGGGCAGGAGGAGCAGACACAGGUCCUAGCGCCCCAGACAGCCCAUAACCUCAGGGACCAGGGCCCCUCAGGGCCGGGGUCAGGCAAUGUACCCAAUGUAGAGCCCUCAGAUGGCGAAUCUAGUAACCUCUCACAGCGAACAGCUUGCUUAAUGCCUCCUCAAGCUGUUCUACUUCGAGCUGGGGCCAGCCUCUGGAUUUUAAGGAGGAUCUCAUGGAGAAGUUUAGGGACGCCUUUGUCAUGGCCCCUUCAGAGGACUCAUCAGACGAGGAUGACUCGGGAGUAACAGCAGCAGACCCAGAAGGAGAAACAGAGGAAACUCCUGAGAACCCAGCUGCUUCUCCCCCUCAGCUGCAGAGCACCCCAGACACAGCAGAGGCCCUGCAGACAGUGAACAGGAUACUCCCCCCUCACCUGCAGAACGUAGACAGCAGAAGGUCAGGCAGAAGAGGGGCAGGCCUGUCCACUUAAGGCCCAAACGCUGAUGGCUCACACCUGCUGACAAACCUACUCCUUAAAAGACAAACCUUGGCUUCAGCUUGUUGCUGACUACAAUGUAAGGUGUGGCUUCAUGUGUUUCCAGAUUCCCUGAACCUUAUCUUGGACUGACCCCUUAGCAAUUGAACCCAGACCUCUACUGACCUCGCUUCUGGACUUCUGGCUUGGCACGUAAGCUUCGAAAGGGCCUUGCCCUUAUCACACUUCAUCCUUGUUAGCCUGGCAGAUUUACGACCAAGCUGCCAGCUAAGGACUUUCCCGCCCUGGUAAAUACCCAGGAAUUUCCAGCCCUGCCUGCACUGCUGUCUCAGUGCACAGCUGACAGCCUUCUUUAGCUCCAUGGCUAGCAGCUUCGACUCUCUUCAAGCCACAGUCUCUACCCGCCCCUCCGAGUCGAUUUCUUCCGGGAGUCAAAAGGCUAGGAGCAAGUCUCAUUGCACGACGGAGCCUCUCCCUUAUCCAGAGGAGGAGGGGGAGUUGUCCCCAAGUCCCUUUGACGCAUCGAGAGGCAGGUUCCGCAAGGACCAACCACAAGACCAUGACCUCCCAUCGGAUGAGUUGGAGCACCGAUUCUGAGGACGAGAAGCUUGAGCCUCUUCUGCAGUGCCUCUUCAAGCCUUCUGACUACCCCCCAUUCUUGAGGAGAGUCAGGACUACCUUGGGCAUGGAAAGCCUGGGGGUUGAUAAGGCUGCUACUACGGGCAUAAAUCCAGAACAGGCUUCACCCUGUCUCGCAGCUCCCAUUCCAGCUCCGGUCUGCAGGUCUGCCCUGGCAGAAUGGAACAAUCCCUUGCAGUCCUGUAGAAGGAGGGCCCUGGAUGACAAGUUAUACAUCAUUGAAGCUGAUGUCAUGGGAGUUUCUUCAGAUCCCGACAGUGGACACUCCAGGGCUGGGCCUCGUCUCUAGAUCCGUUCUCCCUAAAGGGGAGACACAGCUAAAGGACCCUACGGAGCGCCGGCUGGACUAUGCCUUGAAGCGGGCUCACGAGGCUGUCGCCAUUGCCUUCAGAGCCUCUAGCACUGCAUCAGCCUUCGCUAGGGCCUCCUUGGUAUGGCUGGACAAGCAACUGGACAACCUUGAGCAGGACCCAGAGCGCACUAAGAUGACGCUGUUAAAGCUUCAUAGAGCAGCAUCCUUCAUCGCAGAUGCCACAAUGGACUCCUCCCAAUCACGGCCAGAUCCAUGGCAGCCGACAUCGUGGCACGGCGCACUGUCUGGCUUAAGCAUUGGGAGGCUGACAACACAGCCAGGGCCAAUCUCGCUACUAGGCCUUUCGCCGGAGGCAAGCUGUCCGGCGAUGAGACGCUCAAGGAAGUGCUCGUGGACCCCAAGGAAAGGAGAAAGCCAUACAUGGUGACCGUGAGGGCAGGCGCUUCCAGAGAAAAUAUGCCCCCUACAACUCUUUCCAGUCCUUUCGAGCCUCUAGACAAUCCCCAGGAGGUAGAGACUACAAACCCUCCUCCUGCUACUCAUGGGCUAGACCCCACUACAACACCAAGCAGCGUCCAGCUCAGGGAUGCUGCUCAGACUACACAGCUGCUGCCCCCAAGCAUGGCGGUCGGGCCUGUUGUCAGUGACACCUUACACAUCGGGGGCCAUCUGCUAUGCUUGGCCCCCACAUGGGAGGACAUUGGGGCGGAUGCCUUGGUCCUCAACACAGUCACCAGAGGUUAUUCAUUAGAAUUCUCCCACCCACCACAUCCCAGAUACAUUUCCUCCAGGCUUCCAGGGGAUCAACCAAAAAAGCUCAAUCUGUCAGCGACUGUACAACACCUGGUGGAGAUCCAGGCCGUAGAGGAGAUUGAACAGUCUCAGAUGCAAGAUGGAAUCCCUAGCCUCCAUCAGGGAAGCCCUGCAGGAAUGCAAUUACCUGGUCUCCAUAGAUUUGAAGGAGGCAUAUCUCCACAUACCGAUCCUUCCUGGGCACAGGAGGUUUCUGAGGUUCUCGCUUGGGCACCGUCACUUUCAGUACAGAGCCCUGCCUUUUGGCCUCUCGUCAGCCCUGAGGGUGUUCACAAAGAUCAUGGCGGCCACAGUGGCCCAUCUCCGGCUUCAGGGAGUAUACAUCUAUCAGUACCUCAACGACCUGCUCUUGAGCAAGAGCACUUUACAGUGCGCCCGGGACCAUGUGCACCUUACUUUAACUCUCCGCAACAGACUGGGCUUCCUAGUCAACCAUGAGAAGAGCCACCUAGCCCCCUCCCGACAGCUGCAGCAUCUGGGGGUCCAUGGAGGCAAUGUUCAUAUCGCUCCACCCCAGGUCUCUGGGCAAAAAGGCCUCCACUCCAACCUUAGCAAGAUGGCUAAGAACUUGCAUCAGGCUGGCCUACAAGGCCAGCAACUUGGCACCACCACAGGGCAUUAUGGCCCACCCAAUGAGGGCAGCCUCCACCUCGGCAGCUUUCUCCACUAACGCCUCUCUGAGAGAAAUCUGCAGAGCGGCAAAUUGAUCUUCUCCUUCUACCUUGAUUAGACACUAUAAGAUAGACCGUUACGCCUCGGUCGAGGCCUCCUUCGGGAGACGGGUCCUGCAGCAAGCGAUCUCUACAGAUUAGUGGGCUCGCCCAACCCACCCAGCUGGGACGGCUUUGGUAUGUCCCACAUGAUGGACUGGCAUCACCUGGAAGGUGAUUUUACUGGAUGCCAGUCCAUCACGGCCCGCCCAGUUCGAUACAUCGGGGCUCGGCCACUAUUUCUAACUUAGAGUGAAACUGCUGCCAGUGCAUUCGAAGGCUCUCAUAGAAGGGGAGAGAGAGAGAGAGAGAGAGAGAGAGAGAGAAUUGACCUUCUGGGCCAAUCAUUUUUCCUUGUAAAUAGAUGGAACGCUUUUUGCCUACGUUAUCACUGUAGCCCUUUUUCUCCAUUAGCUAUACUAGGCCGUCGCUGGUCUCAGGGUUAUUAACCUCUCUGGAUUUGUGCCAGGACUGCACAUAAGCUAUUCCAGUAUUACGCCUUGGUUGACAGCGUCCGAAAAUGAACUGGGGUCUGCAGGCCAGCAACUGCAAACGUCAGCACAUUUCCUGUCCUUGGACCAGACGACAGACUACUACCCACGUGAUGGACUGGCAUCCAGUAAAAUCACCUUUCAGGUUUUUGUCUGAAGAGAGAUGCAUGGAUCCAGUGUACAGUUCGUCUGGAAUGGAAUGGAAUGGAGUCAAGCCAGAAGGAGCAGCCAAAGUCUUGACUCUUAUGCAUUCCUGCCUUUGGACACCAGGAGGCGCUACUGCCUAUCUGAUGGUAUGAUACCUAGGAAAACCACCUUUCAGGUGAGAACAAUGGUCCAUUCUUCUCUGUUCAGCUCAUGUUUAAGGUAUUAGUCUGCACUCCUUAGCCCACUUACCUGGAAGUAAGCCCCAUUGAUUUCAGUAGAACCUAUUUCUGAAUAGACAUGGUUAGGUAUGUUGCACUGUUGGUCAAAAUGAGUGUGGUAUCUGUGAAUAUGAGAUUCCUAAAAAUGUUGAUUCAUAUUAAUCAUGUUUUCUUACAACUUUCACAUAUCUAGUAACACAGAGUUGAUCUAGUUUAGUAUUAUCAAUUCUCACAGCAUUUCUGCUUUACAUCUUUUUAAUUAUAGAUGUUGGGGGAUAGUCCUAAAAAGGUUGAUUGGCAUAGAUCUUCUGAAAAGUAGGGGAUAGAGGACACAAACAGUUACAAAGUUGUUGACCUUCUUUCUAUUCUUGAAUGUAUAAAAGUUAAAAGAUUUGAAAUGUUUCCUGUCUGAUAUCUUAACUUUAGUCUCCUAUUACACAGUCAUCAAAACAAGUUUUCUUGAAUGUUUUACAUAGACCCUUUCGAUAAGCGCUAGUAGUCUGGUUCCAUUUUGAUUGAAUGUCAUUGAGCAAUUUCUCCAUCAUCUUCAUUAGACUUGUUAGGUGCUUAUUACCCAACCUCCAAGCAACUUACAACACAUUUAAAAACAAAAACAGAAAUACAUUAUACCAUGAAAAAAUUAGUGCAAAACAGAUUAAUACAAAACUCCUACACGCAUACACGUAUGAAACUUAACUGUUGACAUGCCACAUUCUAUUAACCUUUCUAGAAAACAGUUUAAACUGGUCACAAAUAUUUGUUAACCUG